AUGUCAAAAUUUACAGCAUUAUUAAGAAAGAGCAGUUCUAUGAACCUGUCAUUAGGUGGUGAUAGAAGCUCCGUAAUGAUUGACAGUAAUGGAGGAAUAAAUGGUAGCAGUCCAGACUCUUCACUACACACACCAUAUGGUGAUGCCACAAACGAAAAAGUUAUCGAACCAUUGGAAAUUAAAACAUAUGAAAAGAAUUUAGCAGAUAUUAAAGCCUUAUUAAAUGAUAUUAUAAAAACUGCAAAGGUUUUAAACGAACGUGGUGAUGCCUAUGCUAAAACUCAAGUAAAAUGGUCACAAUCAUUCUCUAAAGAUUAUGAAAAAUCAACUACCCAUUCUUCUUCUGCUCAACAAGUAUAUGCUCAACAACAACAAUUGCAAAGUUCAGCCGAAUCUCAAAGCACCUCUGAUUCAAAUUUAGGUUUCAUUAAAGCUUUGGAACAAUUUACUUCAUCAAUUACAAAAACCUCUGGUUAUGAAAGUGAAUUUAGUACAUCAAUUUCUGAAGGUAUUAUUAAACCAAUUCAAAUAUUAAUUGGUUAUAUUGACGAAAAAAAACAAUAUAGAAAGAAAUUUGAUAAAACAUACACAGAAUUUGAAAAUAUUAUUGCCAAAAUCAAAAAUCAACAAACUCAAAAAAAAAUUGAUAUUUUAAAACUCUAUAACUACGAAAAAGAAAAAUCAAAAUUAAAGACAAACUAUGAAAAUGUUAAAAAUGAAUAUAUACAAUUUUUAAUUGAUACUCAAAACAAAAUGCAUACAGAGUUUAUUGAUAUAUUGGUAUUACAUUUCGAAUCUUUACAACUAUCAAAUGGUAAUGCUUAUACCGAAUAUGCUAGCAUUAAGACCUAUAUAGAUAGUUUAAGAACCUGGUGUUUAAGUGAACAAGAUUUCUUCCAAAAAGAAGUUAUUGAAAGAGAUCAAAGAAGAAUUGCAGAAUUACAAAAAGAAGAAAAUUUAAAAUAUCAAAAUAUUAUCGAUUUAUUAGUAUCACCACCAUUUUUCUUAUGGAAACAAUUGGCAGAAUUCAGAAAGAUCGAAUUAUUCCCACCACCACCACCACCAAAUACAAAUGUUGUUAUAACUCCACCACCACCAAUUCACUUUAUUUCAAAUUUAGUACGUAUUUUUGAAGCACGUGGUCAAUUAUCUGAAAUGUUAACUUUUAUGGUCCAAGCCGAUUUACCAAAUAUUUCAAUUAGUGGUUCAAUGUUAGCAAACGAUAUUGUUUCAUGUGAAUUCAUUGAAGAGUUAAGUAAUCUCCAAUCAACCACACCAUACUUAAAAUACUUGUUUGACCAAUCUAUUACAAACAUUAUAAACUAUCAUGACAACUAUCGUAUCUCGACUCAACAAGGUAUUCAAAACCUAAUUUCAGAAUUUGAAUAUAUUAUGAACAUAUUUAAAGAUUCUUGUGAAUAUUUACCACCAUUUUUAAAGAAAGCCUCAAUAGAAAUUCAAAAUGGUUUAGCAAAAUUAUCACCAUCAAAUAAAUCACCACCAAUUGGAUGUUUCUUAUUUUCUAGAUUUUUUGCACCAGCUAUUGCUAAACCAUACACCCAUUCAUUAUUCCAUGUCAUACCAUCAGAUCAAGCCACUGAGGUAUUAACUUUCUUUUCAAGUAUUUUCUUUAACUUUGGUUGUAAUCAAAACUUUAUGACCUCACAAACAUGUGCUCAACAAUUAAAUGAAGCAAUGGAAAGAUGGAAACCAACUUUAUUACAAUUCUUUGAUGUCGUUAGACAAUCAGAUCUCACCGAAUGGGAUCCAUCUGUAUCAUUAAGUGAAGUCUACAUCAAUGAUAUUCCUGUUGUUCAACAAUUUAUUAAACGUCAUUAUCUUUUAAUUUCAAGUGGCUAUUCAAUCCAAAAAGGUCGUGAAGAGUUAAAUCAAUUCACUCAAGCUUUGGGUCAAUUAGAAGCUGAUGAUCCACCACCAACUGAAAAAACCACAUCUUCUAAACAACAUCACAAAGUAGACUCUAAAGACUCUACCCCAAGAGAUCAAUUAUCACCACAACAAUUAUCACCACAACAAAAUUCUCAAAUCAAUGAAAAUGAAUAUAGUGAUAAUUCAAUUGAUUUAAAUAAAUAA